UAUGGCAGCACUUUACCAACGUCUCUCAGCUCAACAGGCUCGGCAAGCGGAGAGAGCGUGAGUCAGCUGAAGGGUGAGAGGAGGCACAGGCAGUGGAGUGGAGCAGCCAGAUCGGAUUGGAUCGUCAGGUUGUUUCGGUGGCACCGGGGAGCGGACCUGCAGCGAAUGUUGGCUGGACGCCGAGCACUGACACAGGAGGCAAGAAUCUGAACAGCAAACACAAGGCCGGGUGGACGGAUCUUACAGUAAGGACCAUCACCUGAGCAAAAAAGGAGCAUCCUCGGACCGGACUCCCGGAGGACUUUUUGCAACACUGUCCACCAGCCAGAGAUCCUCUGCAGUGCCGCAGUUUGGAACUGUCUUUCUUUGCCAGACGCUGUGGCGCAAGACCUACAGAGUGGGCGUGACAUCAGGGAGAAGCACAGCAGAAGCCAGUGAAAGAACCACCCUGUGACUGGAAAGCGCAACCUGUCCUGAGCAGGAGGGGUCAGGCCUGGCCAUGGAUCCCCACGGAGGACACUACCUGAACAAGGCAGCGCUACUGUCUCCGCUGGGUGCCGCAAGGAUAGCCCAACUGGUCCUGGGCUGCUCCACAAUGAGCCUCGUAGCACACCAGGCAGGCUACAGUGCCAACUACGGGAUCUUCUGCAUGUUUGUGUGGUGCUUCUGCUUCGCCAUCACAGCGGUGGUGUUUACGCUGGACGUCACUCGUCUCCACGGAUGUAUGCCCAUCUCCUGGGAUAACUUCACAGUGGCAUUUGCCAUGCUGGCCACGCUCAUGUACAUCACUGCCUCUGUGGUCUACCCUGUCUACUUUCUGCGCUUCGAGUGCCCCUCCGGCCGUUGCGAGGAGCGUGACUACCGCAUUGCCGUCACCGUCUGCUCUAGUAUUUGUUGCUUUGCCUACGGUGCCGAGGUCUUCAUCACUCGGGCGAAGCCAGGCCACGUGGUGGGCUACAUGGCCACGGUGUCAGGCCUGCUCAAGGUGGUCCAGGCCUAUAUAGCCUGCAUCAUCUUCGGGGCUUUGGCCAAUGACAGCGAGUACAACCGAUACAUUGCCACACAAUACUGCGUGGUGAUCUACAGCCUUUGCUUCGCCGUCACCGUGGUGGUGGUUGCGCUGACUGUUACAGGGCGCACCUCGGCCUUGCGUUUUCCCUUUGACCGCUUUGUGGUCAUCUACACCUUCCUGGCUGUACUGCUGUACCUGAGCACUGCUGUGAUCUGGCCCGUCUUCUGCUUUGACAAGAAGUACGGGACACUCCAGCGGCCGUCAGGCUGCCCACAGGGAAAGUGCCCCUGGGACAGCAAGCUGGUGGUGGCUGUCUUCACCUAUGCCAACCUGGUGCUGUACAUCGCUGACCUGGUGUACUCGCAGAAGAUACGCUUCAUCUCCCAACAGCCAGCCUGAAGGUGGACGUAGAUCUCGCUGUGCCACCAUAUGGACUCGUGGAUCUGAUCUUCUUUCCUACACCAUUUGGAGGGACUUCUCUAAAAAUGUCUUGAACAUAUCUAUUGUCGGCUGUUAAGCUGUUUAACACUCUGACGUGUUUCUCCUCAUCUUGCUGCCUUAAAAAUGACUUUAAUAUCAUUUAUUGAAAAGAAAGGUUCUUUCAUGGAUGGAUGGUAUCAUGUAUUACUUUAGAGAGGAGACAGAAUCUCCACCCGUUCCAUCCUCUUACCUGUACCCCUGCCCUCCCUGCUCUGUUGCAGAACCACAUUCCUGGACUGCAACCAGAUAUGACCAGUAUCUGCUUAGAAAACUUAGCUCUCUGCCUGGAAAAUAGGAACCCAUCUGUCUCAGCUUCCUUCAACUCUUUAACAAAUGCAGCCAACCACCCCCCCCCACCCC